UUAAUAAAAUCAUAAAAACAAACACACAACUUUAAGUAAGUCAUUGUAAAUGUACCUAAGAAACAUUCUGUUAUCACUUUUAUCAGUGAGUAGUUAUUCAAUACCAGGAUCAACCUUAUUAACCAAAAAGAUGCCAAAGUUUUGUGCAAAUUUAUCAUUUUUAUUCAAAGAAAAACCCUUUUUAGAGCGUUAUGCUUUGGCAAAACGAGCCGGUUUCUCAGUGGUGGAAAGUGGUUUUCCAUACGGUUUUUCCAAGGAGGAAGUGGUUCAAGCUCAAAAAUCGGCCGGAGUAGAGCAGGUGCUUGUUAACAUCUUAACCGGUGAUGUCACUAAGGGUGAAUUGGGUUUUGCGGCGGUUCCCGGGAAAGAAAAGGAGUUUCAGGAGACUUUCAACACCACUAUAGAUUAUGCUAAGGCACUUGGAGCCAAGAAGAUUCAUAUCAUGUCUGGUCGAGUGGAAGGACCCUGUUCUGAAGCCAAUGAUGCGGCUUACAUAAACAAUUUAAAAUAUGCGGCCAAGAUAUUGGAAAAAGAGAACAUUAUCGGACUAAUAGAGCCAAUUAAUAAGUACUCUGUGCCCAACUAUUAUAUGAACUCAUAUGAAAAAGCCAUCAAUGUUAUCAAAACCAUUAACAGCCCUUUUAUAAAAUUGCAACUAGACAUAUUUCAUUUGCAACUUAUAAAAGGUCAAAUCACCCAUACUGCCAGGGAAGUAAAACCUUAUGUGGGGCAUGUACAGAUUGCACAAGCUCCACACAGACACGAGCCAGAUGUUCCUGGAGAAAUUAACUAUGAAUAUGUGUUUGAUGUUAUAAGGGAUGAGGUGGGCUAUAGUGAUUACAUAGGACUUGAGUAUACACCUAAAGGGGAUACUGAAGAGGGCCUCAAGUGGGUUAAAAAUAUGGGAUUAGUUUUGUAAUAUUUUCAGUUUUAAUGGAAUAUAAUAUUUAUUACUAAA